AUGGCACAUAUCGCAGAAUUGAAGAAGCGACGACUGCAAGAUUACGGGUUCCAUCUUGAAUACCGGACACGAUGGAGCGACAAUGACAUGUACGACCACAUGAACAACAGUGUAUACUACUUCCUCUUCGACAGCAUUGUCAACACAUAUCUCAUGACGCAUUGCAAGCUUGAUCCGCCAACAUCACCUCUAAUUGGACUGGUAGUACACUCGCAUUGCGACUACCUAGCUCCGGUAGGAUUUCCUGCGCUGGUUGAUCUCGGGCUCCGUGUCAAGAAGCUAGGAAAGAGCAGUGUUACCUACGAGAUUGGUGUUUUUGAGCGUGGUGUUGAGGAAGUGAAGGCUGUUGGCGAAUUCGUACACGUGUUUGUGGAUCGAGAAAGCAGAAGGCCAAGAUCUGAGGGCAUGACUGCGACUAUGAAGGAGCAGUUGGGCUCGUUAGUAGAUGACAAGGCCAAGUUAUGA